ACCUACCGUCAUCCAUUCAUCCGUCCCCGACGCCGGCGGCGGUGCGCAACCGUCUUCCCCUCGUUCAACCACAGAAGUCCUCCCUCCAGUUCACAACCCGCUAGCCCCCUACAGGCUACAGCCGGCCCUGGCCGGCAACGGCCGCGGCCGCAAAUUGACCUCAUCCGGCCGGCCACGCGCUUGGCUGCCGCUCUCCCGCGCUGGCCGUCAUCGUCCACCUCGGCGCGGAGGCUGGACACCGGAGGCAGGCAGCUCAGCUCAGCUCGGCAGUCAGCACAGCGUACUAGAGACAAACGGGGCCCAAAAAGAAAGACCAAGGGGGUGUGCAAAGGCAAGGGGGGAGGAGACUGGGAGAGGCCAGGACCAGGAGCAGUGCACCAUACUACCACCACCACCGCCUACCGGCCGCGGUUGGAUUGGACUUUCUUUUCCCCUCCUUUUGCGGGGGUUGCCGUGGUGGGAGACUUGACGACUCCACUGGCUGCGCAUCUGGCUGCCUCCCCGCCCCUUAGCUUCCCUUUUCAGCGCCGCUUUCCCUUUCACCCUCGCCGCUCCUCGAGUCCUUUCCCCCGCCUACCCUUUCGGCCCCGCCUCGACGCCGCCGCCGCCGCCGAUCGAGGUACUGGCCCCCCUGCCCUCUCCAUCGCCUCGCGCGCGGUCUGGAUCUGGGGUUUCUCUCCGUUUCUCGGGUUGAUCCGGGGGGAGGAGCGCUGGGGGCUGGUGGGUGGGUGGGCAAGGGGGAGGGGAUCCUAGGGCUCGCGCGGGUGUAGGCUUCGGGCCUUGCUGGUGCGCUCCUCGGCGUGCUUGGUUCCGAUUGCUGCUGGCUGUGGCUGGGACCGAGGCAUCGGUGGGGGGAGCGAUUGGCUACUGUUCGCUGGUGGAGUGGGGAAAGGAAAUGUUGCGAUAACUGAUGCAAUAGUAAAGCUUCCUGGAUGGACGGAUGCGACUGUAUCGAGCCACUAUGGCCGACCGACGAUCUGCUCGUCAAGUAUCAGUACAUCUCGGACUUCUUCAUAGCCCUCGCGUAUUUCUCGAUCCCGUUGGAGCUUAUCUACUUCGUGAAGAAGUCGUCCUUCUUCCCGUACAGAUGGGUCUUGAUCCAGUUUGGUGCGUUUAUAGUUCUCUGUGGAGCGACCCAUCUUAUAAACCUGUGGACUUUCACCACACACACCAAGACCGUUGCUAUGGUCAUGACCAUAGCGAAGGUUUCUACGGCGGUUGUGUCCUGUGCAACAGCUCUGAUGCUUGUUCAUAUUAUCCCCGACUUGUUGAGUGUGAAAACAAGGGAGUUAUUCCUGAAGAAUAAAGCUGAGGAGCUUGAUAGGGAGAUGGGAUUGAUAAGGACGCAGGAGGAGACCGGUAGACAUGUUAGGAUGCUUACCCAUGAAAUCAGAAGUACACUUGAUAGGCAUACGAUUUUGAAGACCACUCUUGUUGAGCUAGGAAGGACCUUGGGUCUGGAAGAAUGUGCAUUGUGGAUGCCAUCUAGAAGUGGUUCAAGCCUUCAACUUUCUCAUACGCUGCGCCACCAGAUUACUGUCGGUUCAUCUGUACCAAUUAACCUUCCUGUUGUCAAUCAAGUGUUCAGUAGCAACCGAGCAAUCAUUAUACCCCACACAUGUCCUUUGGCACGGAUAAGACCACUUGCAGGGCGAUAUGUUCCGCCAGAAGUAGCUGCAGUGCGCGUACCUCUUCUCCAUCUUUCAAACUUCCAAAUAAAUGAUUGGCCAGAGCUUUCAGCUAAAAGCUUUGCAAUCAUGGUUCUGAUGCUUCCAUCUGAUAGUGCAAGGAAAUGGCAUGUGCAUGAGUUGGAGCUUGUUGAGGUCGUUGCUGAUCAGGUAGCAGUUGCACUAUCUCAUGCGGCUAUCCUUGAAGAGUCCAUGCGGGCACGUGAUUUACUAAUGGAGCAGAAUGUUGCCCUGGAUUUAGCUCGAAGAGAGGCUGAGAUGGCCAUCCGUGCUCGCAAUGAUUUCCUAGCUGUUAUGAAUCACGAAAUGAGAACACCCAUGAAUGCAAUAAUAGCCCUUUCCUCCUUGCUUUUGGAAACUGAGCUUACUCCUGAGCAGCGGCUAAUGGUGGAAACAGUGCUGAAAAGUAGCAAUCUGUUAGCAACACUCAUCAAUGAUGUGCUGGAUCUUUCCAAACUCGAGGAUGGAAGCCUUGAAUUGGAGAUUAAAGCAUUCAAUCUUCAUGCUGUUUUCAAAGAAGUGAUGAGUUUCAUCAAACCAAUAGCAUCUAUCAAGAGGCUCUCUGUAUCGGUUAUGUUGGCACCAGAUUUGCCGUUAUCUGCCAUUGGUGAUGAAAAGAGACUCAUGCAAACUAUUCUUAACAUCUCGGGCAAUGCUGUUAAGUUUACCAAGGAGGGACACAUAACACUUGUAGCUUCAGUUGUGAAGGCUGACUCUUUGAGAGAGUUCAGAACUCCAGAAUUUCAUCCAGUUGCAAGUGAUGACCAUUUCUAUUUGAAAGUUCAGGUAAAAGAUACAGGCUGUGGUAUUAGUCCUCAGGAUCUACCUCAUGUAUUUACAAAGUUUGCUCAUCCUCAAAGUGGAGGAAACCGAGGGUUCAAUGGUAGUGGUCUUGGCCUUGCCAUAUGCAAGAGGUUUGUUAGUCUCAUGGGAGGGCACAUCUGGCUCGACAGUGAAGGAACAGGAAGAGGUUGCACCGCAACAUUCAUCGUCAAGCUCGGCGUGUGCGACAACACAAACACCUACCAGCAGCAGUUGAUCCCUCUAGUCUGGCCAAGCAGCGCGGACUCCAAUUUGUCUGGUUCAAAAGCGCUUACCGAUGGGAAAGGAUCCGCUUCCCUGAAAUCGCGGUACCAAAGAAGCGUAUGAGCUUACUGUAAAUGAUGAUUGACGGCGUAGCGCCAAGUAGGGGACCGAUUAGUUCGAUCUUCUAAUUUUGUUUGUAACCCUGUCAUAGCAGGCAUAUAAUGUACAAAUAAUGUAAAGCAUAUGGAGUCUGCGGCUGUGUACCUGGGGUGGCAACGCUGACUUGCUUCAUUGAGUAGUAUAUCCUACCAGCGGAUUGAAUUGCUUGUUCCUGGGGGGUGGGCGCUCGUGCGCGACCCCCGUAGCUCGUUGUUUGCUCUGUUGUAAUCCCAUUAUAUCCAUCGUGUAAGAUGAAAUCCGUGCAAAUAGCGCGGGAAGCAAGUUUUUAUGUCAUUAUC